AUGUUCUUGGACACUCCCCCUGCUACCGGAGAGGCUACUGGUUUCGGUCACCUUCCUAUCCCUCGAGUCACGAGGUCAGCUAAUCGAUCCACCGAAACUGGUGUGAGGGAAGGCCUAGUGCGCAUCUUCCCGGCUCCUAGUGUGGAACCUAAGAGGACCAAAUCAACUGUAGUUACCGUUCCCGAAGACUGCAGCUUUCUAUCUCGCCCGGUAGGGGUGGCAAGCUACCUACGGCCCCUCGUUUCUGACUCGGACAAGAGGAAGAUGGCCGGAGUCCCCUGGCAGUGCCUUAUUAACGAAGGCAUGCAUGCGGGCAAUCGGAGUGUGGUGCUUAUUAACGAAGCCUUCAUCCGUGUCCAGCAAGAAGUUGAUGAUCUUAGAGGCCAGCUGGAUGCCCAAGGUCGGGAAACGGAGAAAUUCCAAAGAUCUUUUUUGCAAGUAAAGGAAGAUGAGCUGAGCCGAGCAGUGGCCCUCACAAACCUUCAGCCCAAGCUCGAUGCAACGAAGGCUGAGAACCUUCGGUUAAAGGAUGAGCUAGCCGGGAUUGUGGAAAGGAACCGGCUUUUGGAGGAGGAAAAAAUCGGCCUUAGUCAAGAUAACGCUCGGUUUUCUUCCAAACUUAGCGAGCUCGAAACCAUCAUUUCCCAACUCCGAGGAGAACUUGACUCGGUUAAAUCGGAUGCCGUCAAUAUGGCCGAGAGGCACCGACGGCUCGAAUCCGAGAGUGCUAAAUAUGAAGAGAGAAUGAGGGUAUUUGAGCAAAAAGCUGAGGACAGGGCUCGGAUAUGUGAUGAGCUAAGAACCAGACUCGAGGAGACGGUCGAGGCUAAUGAUAUACUCAAAGCUGAGCUUGAAUCGGCCAAUCAAUACCGGAGUAUCCUCGAUGAAGAGAGGAAUGAGUUCUUGGUUAAGCUGGCCCGGGCUGAAGCCGAUUUGGCAGAAGCCUUGAAAAAUGUGAAAGCUGUCGAGGCCUACUCCACGGUUGUAGUAGAGCAUGAGCGGUGGAGGUCUCGAAGGAUCACCCUCGAGGAAGCCGAGCGUGGCUUUACUGAUCUCCCAGCUCUUAUUCUGGAGGCUAGAAGAACCAAGGAAGAAGCAAAAAGACCUCUUGAUUCCGACUCCGAAGACUCUGAACGGACAGAGUCCGAGCAUUCUGGUUCCAGCCAUACCGGAUAA